GUACAUUCACACUUGUUUUACAAACAUUAAAUAAAAAUCUUUUCAAGAAAGGAAAAAUAAAAAUACUCACCUUUCUCACUAUCUCUGUCUCCCAAUUCUUAGUAUAUAUAAACUAGACUAGCUAUCACUUAACCAAAAAAACUCAAUUGUAUUCUCUCUCUCUCAUCAUCCUUCCUUCUCCUCUCUCUCUCUCUAUUCAUCUCCACUAUAAACGCCAAAUUUUUCACAUCUAGAUACAGUACAAUACAAUAAAAAACAGCUCAUUGGAGUUUUAUUGACAGUUACAAAGUAAAAACAUUUUCAUAAUGUUUGUAGAUCAACCAAAUUGCUCAGAUAGUGCUACUGAAUCCAGCUGUAACUCUUCUUCUUCCUCGCCUUCGCCAGUUCUUCUUCAUAAACUCCCACAAAUCAACUCGAAGAAUCGACUCAAGAGAUGCAGAGAGGAACAAGAAGGAACAGAUGAGAUAGAAGAAGUAGUGCAUGAUGUAAGAACAAGUAAGAAGAAUUGUGGUAAUGUUGUUAAGAGUAACAGCAACAAUAAUCCAACAUCAUCGUCAUCGUACGUUGGUGUACGAAUGAGGGCGUGGGGUAAAUGGGUGUCUGAAAUCAGGGAACCUAAGAAGAAAUCUCGUAUAUGGUUGGGUACUUUCGCUACCCCGGAAAUGGCGGCCCGUGCACACGACGUCGCCGCCAUGUCCAUUAAAGGAAAUUCAGCGAACCUGAAUUUCCCUCAGUUUGCUGAUUUAUUGCCCCGCCCCGCCACAUGCUGUCCGCGUGACAUCCAGGCCGCGGCAGUAAAAGCAGCUCACAUGGACCACCUUAACCCCACAACAACAACAUCAUCGGCGCCAGCUUCGAUGAUGAUGAUGACGUCAUCCUCCUCAUCCUCGGGCGUUACCUCCUCGUCCUCUUGCAAAGACGACGAGGAAUCAUCAGCUAAAGGUCAGGGUAAUCAGAGUCUAUCAACCACUCAGAAGAUAGUGGUGGGGUCCUCGAUGACAUCAUCAUACUCUGAGCUGUCAUUGAUUUCAGGCAUUACCUCCUCGUUCUCCUUACAGGAGGACGAGGAAUCGUCAGCUAAAGAUCAAAGUAAUCAGAGUCUAUCAAUCACUCAACAGACCACAGAGAUCUUCGACUUAGCUCCUCCCAAACUAGUAGGGGAGAUAGUGGAGGCGUCCUUGAUGAGAUCAUCAUACUCAGAGCUCUCAUUGGUUUCAAACAUUACCUCCUCGUCAUCCUCACAGAAUGACGAUAAAGAGAACAUCGAUGACAGUUUAACAAUGACUCACAAGACCACAGAGAUCUUCGACUUAGCUCCCAAACUAGGGGAGAUAGUGGAAUUGCCAAGGCUAGGAAUGAGUUAUCAAUUGGGUGAGUCAACACAAGAAGAAGUGCUAAGUUUAUUGGAAUCAGAUGAAUGGUGGGAUAAUAAUUAUAAUUAUGGAAAUUGUGAAUAUUUUUUUGGUGAAGAAAAUUAUAUUAGUAGUAAUAUGGAUUUUACAUGUUUAGAAAAUGUUGUCUCAAGCAGUUUUGAGAGUUUUUUAUGGCAACAUUAAAAUAAAAAAAAAAGUUUUGUUUGUUUUUUG